GCUUCUGUACAUAGGUAGAGAGAGAGAGAGAGAGAGAGAGAGAGAGAGAGAGAGAGUAUUACAUACAUAACACAACGCCACUCUCUCUUCUUCUAAAACAACUCUUCUUCGAGCCACCACCUCUCUCUCCUCUCCUCCUCGCUCUUCAAUCUCCCUCUCUUCGGCAGUUUAGGGUUUUUCCUUCCUCUUGUUCUGAAUCUCGGAGGAGUUACUGUUCCUGUUUCUCUGGAAAUCUCUUGUUUUUUCUCUCGAGAAGCGGUUGUUUUUUAUGGUGAUUUGAGGACGAGGGAGGACAAGAAGUGGUUGUUGGAGUAUUAUGGCGACGGCGCCGGUGAAGUCUCAGCCUCUGCACAACUUCUCUCUCUCGCUUUUGAAAUGGGGCAACAAGAACCAGAUGAACAACCACCGCUGCCGGAGGCGGGAGUCUCCGCCAGAGGACCGUCGUUCGCCGGCUUCGGAGCAGGAGUCGGAAUCCGAGCGGGAGAACGCUAAGACCGCGGUCGGAUCGCGGCCCGGGAAGAACCGGUUCGGAGUCGCCUCGUGCUCGUCGGUGGAGAAAUCGCAGAAGCAUGCGGCGAAGGAGAGUGUGGAAACUGUUGAGGAGGAGAAGGAGAAGGAGAAGGAGAAGGGCGAAGGUGAUGAGAAGCCGUGGAAUCUUAGGCCGAGGAGAGCCGUGGGGAAGGUUGGGGUUGAGAUCGGAGGAGGUGGCUUGAAGAGUGGGGGAGAAUUGCAGAAUACAGUGCCUGCGGUGACUGCGGCUCCUGCAGUGCAGCAGAAUGAGAAUCUGCCAAAAUCGAUGAGGUUGAGGGGUUUUGCGGAAGCACAAGGGACGGAGAAGAAGGAGAAGAGAAAGUUCUGGAUCUCACUAUCUCGGGACGAGAUUGAAGAAGAUAUAUUUGUGAUGACUGGAUCAAAGCCUGCUCGCAGGCCGAGGAAGAGGGCGAAGAAUGUACAGAAGAACCUCGAUAAUGUUUUCCCCGGCUUGUGGUUGGUUGGGCUUACACCGGAUGCUUACAGAGUUCCUGAUGCUCCGGCGAAGAGGUAGACAUGGUCGCAUCGGAUGAUCCCUGUGUUCCCAAUACUCCGACAUAGAUAUGAUCGCAACAUAUUUUGGUUCUCCAAGGAUUUUAGAUGGAAGGAUUGCCCCUGCAACUCUGAAGCCUCAAUUGAGGGUAUAGUGCACUGUAAAGAGGAAGGAAGUUACCAGUAUAGGAAGAUAACAAAUUUCUCUCCUUUUCAUCUGUGUUGCGCAUUUGCGCUCUUGUAGGGGCGUAGUUUAGUUGGUUUACUUGUCUUAAGCAGUUUAAGGUGCAAACAUGAACAAAAAUAUGGAUGGAUAGAGAGAAUUUAGUUGCUCUUGCUUUAUGCACCAUCAACGGUGUUACUUUUUUUUCUUCUUCUCUUUUUUGGGGGAUUUUGUUGUAAGCUUGGAAUUGGAAUAAUUCUGAUAUUUUCAUUAUUAUAA